CAUAUCUAAGUAAUUUUAAUUUUAGAUGCACGCGAAAAAGCAAGAUUAGACAUCCACGCAGCUCUUAUAGAUUCUUGCAACCAUGGAGAUUUUGACUCAAUGCAACAAUUACUCUCUUCAUUAUCAAAAGAUGCCGAACUCAUCGUUAAUAUGGCACCAAGCGGGGCAAAUACUUUACUGUUUACGGCAUGUCAAAUUGGUAAUAAAAACAUUGUAAAGAUUUUAUUGGAAUAUGGAGCCGACGGUCGAUACCAUCCAGUUACUAAAUACUCCCCGUUAUACAUCGCUUGUUAUCACGGACACCGAGAAAUCGUCGAAAUGUUAUUAUUAAGAUUUCCCGAAUUAAUUAAGCAACACACCGUUGAAAGGUGGCUUCCAAUACACGCCUGUUGUAUUAACGGGCAUAUAAAAGUUUUGGAGUUAUUGUUUCAAUUUCCGUAUCCGAAACAUAUUUUAAGAAAAUUUAGGGAUAUAACUGAACGUUGGGAAUAUUUAAUGCCGUUUGAUAUAAAUGAAAGAGACGCAACCGGGCAAAAUAUUCUUUACGUAGCUAGUUUAUUGGGAAAUAAAAAGCUGUUAGAUGUUAUUUUAAAAUUUCGAGUUCGAGCGACGAAAAUUGUACCCGAAGAUGACGAAACAACCCCAAAUUCCGAAAGUAACCCUCUCGUUAGUCCAAUCAAACGUCGGCUUUCAAGCGGAAUUAUUUCAAUUAUGUCCAAAUUAAAUCUUUCUAGAGAAAGUUCCACCGAAUCUGAAGGUGAACACAUCUCUUUAAUAUGUCCUUUAAAAAUCGAUAUGUAUUGUAAUAAUAACAUAGAAACUGCCCUACAUGCUGCUGUUAAAGGAAAACAUUACGAUAUAGUUUUAUCACUUUUAAACGCUGGUGGAAAUCCUAAUUUAAUUAUUAAAGCUUAUUUAGAUUAUAACGAGAGUAUUAGUUGUUACUCAUUAGAAGACGACGUCAAUUCCGGUCAAUCAACAGCUUUAGUUGAAGCGUGUAAAAAUCGCGAUGUUCCAAUUGUUGAUUUAUUACUACGUUUUGGGGCUCGCGAUGACGAUUGUAAAGCACUUUUUGUUACCGUUCAAAAUAAAGAUGAAACAUUAACCGCGAAACUUCUUUCCAUAAAAUCAAACCCUGACCCAGAAUACAAAAUAAAUAAAAAAGCGAUGACUGAGAACAUCAAUUCGCCUCAAUUCACUCUUUUCUCAGGAAUGUCGAACUUAACUUACAGCACAAUCUUUCCAAACACCCCAGCAAUGAUAAAUUGGCACAACCAAAAAUGUCAUUUAUCUCAAAUUCGGACGCAAUGGCUCAUUGAUGCCGCGCUGCAUUUAAAUCCAAAGUUAAAACAAAAUCCGAGAAGUUACGAUAUAGCUUUAUACGCGAUAACUCGCUUGGAUAUUUCGAACAAUAGCAUAACUUCAAUUCCUUUGGCCGCCUUUCAGCUUUACAGUCUUCGUUACUUAAACGUGGCUCAAAAUAAAAUCGAAAAACUUCCGAUUCCGGUCGAAUCGCCGAAUAAAAAAACUCACCGAAGAAAAUCUUCGAACGUCGUUGAAGAAUUAAAUUAUAAUUGCCCCGUUUUAGAGGAGCUGUAUCUUCAAGAUAAUCGUUUGGAUCAGAUUCCGGAUGCUUUGUUUCGAUUACCCAGCUUGGUUACGUUGGUUGUUUCGAAUAAUAAGUUGCAAAAUUUGCCGUAUAAUAUGUGGUUAGCGCCGAAAUUGAAAGAGUUGAACGCUUCUUUUAAUUUAUUGAAAGAUUUGCCGGUUAAUAACGUUAUUGAUAAUACCAAAGAAGACUGUGAUAGACUCAGCGUAAGCUCAAGCGAUAGUCAAUUAUCGAGUCACACGGAUGUUGAAGUUGAAAGUGACGCUUCUUGUUGUUCGGAUGUGGAAAACGAUUCGAUUGGGUUUGAAGAUGGGGUUGUUGCCAUUAGGUAUAGAAAGAAAGACAGAUCUUUAAUCCAAUUAGAUAUUAGUAAACACCACAUUUGGUCAAAAAGUGUUGAUGUAACCGAACAAAUCCUUCACAACGAUGAAUCAACAAUGGAAAAAUCAUCCCAAUUAUCCGCCUUAAAUCUCGCACAUAAUCUAUUUACAAGCAUCCCGGUGGUUUUACCCUGUCUAGCAGUCAAUUUAACCCGUUUAAACAUGGCGUUUAACUCAUUGCGUUCAAUGUCCCACAUCACCAGUUACCCAAGCACGUUGAAACAAUUAGAUUUAAGUCACAAUCAGAUUAGCGUUUGGCCGAGUUUACCUCAAGUUGAAGCUCAAGAUGUUAUGGAGAUGGCCAAUGUGACUUGUUACGCUACGAAUACCGCAAUUUCAAGGGAUAAACUUUCGGUUAUUGGAGUUAGGAGGCAAAAUCCAAGUAGAAAUACCGUAAGAAAUACGGUUUUACACACGGUUUGUUCGCAUCGGAGACAUUUGAGGUUGGACAAUUUGAGGACUUUGAUUAUUGCUGAUAAUAAAUUAACUAGAAUACAAUUAAGCACGGACGAUGAUGGGGAUUUUACUUCUUUAGAAGAUGAUGACCCGGAAAGGACUUUACCUUCUGGGAAAUCACGCUUAAUGUUUCCGAAUUUAUCAAUGUUGGAUAUCAGCAACAAUUUAUUAAAAGAAGUCCCAACGAAUAUUUACGACCUAAAUAACCUCUCAGUGUUGAAUAUCAGCGGAAACUUAGACAUCAACGAGUUGCCGCCGCAAAUGGGAUUGUUGUCGCGUUUGUGGAAUCUGAACACCAGAGGUUGCUCGUUGCAGGAACCGCUUAAGUCGAUGAUCGACAGCAAGAAAUAUAAAACGAUGGAUAUUAUUGGUUAUUUAAAAUCGGUUCUUGAAGACGCGAGACCGUACGCUAGAAUUAAAUUAAUGAUUGUGGGCGUUCAAGGGAUUGGAAAAACUAGUUUGUUGGAACAACUAAGACAAGAAGGAGUUAGUAGAAAAAAACCUGAGCAUUGGGCAAAACGUAUGGGAAAUAAAAACAUAAACGUAAAAACUUGUCGCGGUACAAAUAUAUCAACGGUUGGUGUCGAUAUAGGAGAUUGGAUUUACGAGAAAAAAAUUCGAAAUCAAUCAACACACGGCCCCGUAAUUUUCAGAACAUGGGAUUUUGGAGGGCAAAAAGAAUACUACGCAACGCAUCAAUAUUUCUUAUCAAAGCGUAGCCUUUAUUUAGUUGUAUGGAAAAUCGCUGAUGGUUACAAAGGAAUCAACGAAAUCCUCCAAUGGUUAGUCAACAUCCAAGCUCGGGCCCCGAAUUCACCCGUUUUAAUCAUCGGAACCCACUACGACAUCGUCCAAGAACGAAAUCCAACCGUUUCCGAGGAAUACCAACAAGUAAUAAGAGAUCGUUUCAUUAAUAUAGUCGAUGCGGAAAAAUGCGGACUCCCUCGGGUUUUAGACACGAUUGAAAUUAGUUGUAAAACGAGGCAUAACAUAAAAUUAUUGUGCAAUUUAAUUUAUGACACGGUGUUUAGUUUGAGACCGCCUGGAAGUAAAGAGUUACUUUUAGAACAAAAGGUGCCCGCUUCUUAUUUGGCUUUGGAAGAUGUUGUUAAUCAUAUUUCGGCAGAGAGGCGAAUUAAUAAUUUAGAUCCGGUUUUAAAUGCGGAACAAUAUCGGACGAUUGUUACGACGGAAAUGCAACAAAGAUAUGGAAGGAGUUUUAGGGAUGCUGGUGAAUUACAUCAAGCUACUUUAUUUUUACACGAUAAUGGUAAGAACAAAAAUGCCCAUUAUGUAUGGUAUAUAGUAUACAGGUGUAUCUAAAUUGAUGCGAAAGAU